AUGUACUUCUUUCUUGCCAAUCUUUCCUUCACUGAUAUCUGUUUAAGUUCAAGCACGAUCCCAAUGAUGCUGGUGAACAUCCUAACACAGAGUCAGAGCAUCACCUACACAGGCUGCCUCACCCAGGUCUGCUUUGUCUUGGUUUUUGGUGGCUUGGAAAAUUGUCUGCUUGCAGUAAUGUCCAAUGACCGCUAUGUUGCCAUCUGCCAUCCUCUCAGGUACACAGCCAUCAUGAACCCCUGCCUGUGCGGACUCCUGACCUUGUUUUCCUUGUUGAUUAGCCUCAUGGAUGGCCUGCUGCACAGUGUGAUGGUGCUACAGUUGUCCUUCUGCACAUACCUGGAGAUCCCCCACUUCUUCUGUGAACUUGCUCAGAUUAUCAAGCUGUCUUGUUCUGAUAACUUCAUUGAUAACAUCCUGAUAUACAUAGUGGCUUGCAUAUUUGGUGGUGCUUCCUUCUCUGGAAUCAUUUUCUCUUACGUUCACAUUGUGUCCUCUGUCUUGAGAAUGCCCUCAUCAGGAGGGAAGCAUAAAGCCUUUUCCACCUGUGGGUCUCACCUGUCUGUUGUCUUCUUGUUCUAUGGGACAGCUUUUGGGGUGUGCAUUAGCUCUUCAGUUUCUGACUCCCCCAGGAAGACUGCAGGGGAUUCAGUGAUGUACACAGUCGCCCCUCAAUAG